AUGAUCCGUCCAAAAACAAUUAUUAGUAUUUGUCUUAUUUUCACAUUAUCGACUGUAUUCACAGUCGAUGGUCUUGCUGUGAUGUCUGUCGAUCUCGGUAUAGAAUAUAUGAAAAUCGCUAUUGUAAAACCUGGCAUACCAAUGGAAAUCGUUCUUAAUAAAGAAAGUCGUCGGAAAACUCCGGUUAUAGUUGCUAUUAAAGGUAAAGAUCGUGAAUUUGGUGAAGCAGCUAUUUCUCGAUCAAGUAAAAUUCCAUCACAGUCGUAUAUGUUUUUACGCGAAUUAGUUGGAAAAUCAUUGGAUAAUCCUGCUGUUCAACAAUUUUUACAACGAUUUCCGUAUUAUAACUUAAAAACGGAUCCAAAUACAAAUGAACUUGUUUUCGAACAUGAUAGUGAAACAAAUUAUACAAUUGAAGAACUUCUUUCUAUGAUAUUUAAAAAAGCUCGCGAAUAUGCCAGCGAUUUCACCGAACAAUCUGUUGAUGCUGCUGUAGUAACUGUACCACCCUAUUUUACUCAAACUGAACGACGUGCUAUUAAACGUGCGUGUGAAUUAGCAAAUAUAAAAUUACUCCAAUUGAUGAAUGACAACACUGCUGUUGCACUCAACUAUGGUAUAUUUCGUCGUAAAGAUUUUAAUGCAAGCGGUUCAACCUAUUUAUUCUAUGAUAUGGGUUCACAAUCAACUGUUUGCACACUGGCAACAUAUAAUAUUGUUAAAUCGAAAGAAAAUGGUUAUCUUGAAGACGUGCCGCAAUUAACAAUAAAAGCAGUUGCAUUUGACCGUGAUUUAGGUGGCUUAGAAUUUCAAAUUCGUUUGCGUGAUUAUUUAGCAAAGAAAUUUCAAGAACAUCAUCCAAAAAUUGAUAUAUUUAAAAAUGCAAAAGCAUUGACAAAAUUAUUUCGUGAAGCUGAACGAGCUAAAAAUGUUCUCAGUGCUAAUAAUGAAUAUACAGCACAAGUUGAAGGCCUAGUUGAUGAAAUCGAUUUUAAACAUCGAAUCACGCGCGAACAAUUCGAAAAGUUGUGUGAGGAUCUUUUUGAACGAGUUAAACGACCUGUUGAAGAAGUACUCAACACAAGUGGAAUUUCAUUGGCUGAAAUUCAACAAGUACUUUUAUUCGGUGGUUCAACACGUAUUCCACGUGUUCAAAAUGAACUAGUUAAAUCUCUUGGCGGAAUUGAACUUGGUAAAAGCUUAAAUACUGAUGAAGCCGCUGCUAUGGGUGGUGUUUAUCAAGCAGCAGCACUUUCAAAAGGUUAUCGUGUUAAAAAAUUUAUUGUUAAAGAUGCUAAUCAAUAUCCAAUCAACGUUCAAUUUGAACGUCAUGCUGAUUCAACAACGGAAAAUUCGGAACAAAAACUAAUUGAUCGAACUUUAUUUCAACGAAAUAAUCUUUAUCCAAGUCGAAAAGUUAUGACAUUUAAUCGACACACUGACGAUUUUUCAUUUGAUGUUCGCUAUGGCGAUUUGUCAUUUCUUUCGGACACUGAUAAACGAUCACUAGGUAAAACAGAUUUAUUGCGCAUUAAUGUUAGUGGUGCUCGUAAAGCAUAUGAAAAACAUCAAGAUACAAGUGAAUCAAAAGGGGUUAAAGCGCAUUUUCAACUAGAUGACAACAGUCUUCUUGUUUUGGAUCGAGUUGAAUUUGUUUUCGAACGAAAAGAAACAGAAGCCGAACGAACGAAUGCUACUAAGGAUGAAGAUGAAUCGACACUUUCAAAAUUAGGUAGUAAAAUUUCAAGUUUCUUCUCAUCAUCGGGCGCAUCAUCAUCGGAAAAUGAUACAAAUAAUACAACAAAUAGCACCGAAGAAAUAGGGUCAACUAAUACUACUGAAACAACUAAUGAUGAACAAACAGCAAAACCUGUUGAUGAACAAGAAGGAGCCAAUGCUACUGAGAAUACAACAACAACAACAACAACAGAAACAACUACUACAACAGCACCACCACUAAAAACAAUAACAAUACGCGAACCAUUAGAAUUUACUGUUGAAAUUCUCGACUAUGCUGAUCCUACAUUCGAAGCACAAGCUAACUCGAUGAAAAAACUAAUGGCUUUAGAUACACAUGAUCGUGAAUUAUUAGCUUUGUCAACAGCAAAAAAUAAUCUUGAAUCGUUCAUCUAUGAUAUACGCGAUAAACUUGAACAUGAUUCUCAUUAUAAGAAAGCAACAACACCAGAAGAACAAACAAAAAUUAAUGAAAAACUAUCUGAAACUGAUGCAUGGUUAUGGGACGAUGGUAUUAAUGCUGAUGUUAAAACAUUAAAAUCUAAAUUAGAUGAAUUAAAACUUUUAACUAAAUUAUUAGUAUUACGUGUACGUGAAGUUGAUUUACGUCCACAAAAAAUUCAAGAACUUAAAGAUACACUCAAUUCCACGGAGAAUUUUGUUCGAACAACUCGUAUGUUAUUUUCAAAAAAAGAGGAAGACGAAAAACCAUUUACUGAUGCAGAUUUAAAUUCAUUAGAAAAAAUCAUUAAUGAUACAUACAAAUGGUUUGAUCAAGUUAAAGAAUCAUAUGCAAAAUUAUUACCUACUGAUGUGCCGAAAUAUUUAUCGUCUGAUUUCGACGAUAAAGUAAAUUUACUUAAACGUGAAACAAAUUAUUUACUUGGAAAAAUUCAACGAUUUAUUCCAAAACCAAAACCAACUACGACAACACAACCGCCAACAACAACGACAACAGCUAAAACACCAGUAGAUAGUGAAACAAAGAUCGAAGAAGAGCAAGAAACAACAUCAACUACUACUGCAACUCCAGAACAAACAGAAGAAGAAACAACAACAACAACAACACAAUCAAGUGAAGAGCAUCCAGAAUUAUAA